CCAACCGGGGGAUCCUUACAUUGAUUUUUGUUUCUUGUUUCAAAGUCUCUUGGUUCUGGGUUGUUGUAGGUUUUUUCGGGCUAUGUGGCCAUGUUCUAGAGGCAUUCUCUCCUGACGUUUCGCCUGCAUCUAUGGAAAGCAUCCUCAGAGAGUAAAUGUGAUUAUUGGCUGGGAAUUUUGGAGCAGAGCAUGUUGAGGGAUUUCUUUCUCUUCAGAGAAGACGGAGGAAAAGCAUCUUGGAUCCAGUUUGCUUCUUCAUCAAUGAGUGGUUCCAACAUGGAGAGACCCAGCUCACCUGGACCUGAAGCAGGCAGGGCUCCCAGGAGCAGUGGGGAAAUCUGGGAAAGAACUACGCAGACGUUCCUGAAUGUGCACAUAGAGUGCCAGCGCUUCAGGCAUUCCUCCUUCCGAGAGGGCGAGGGACCCAGAGAGGUUUGCAGCCACCUCCACUCUCUCUGCCGCCAGUGGCUGAAGCCAGAGCAACACACCAAGGCGGAGAUGCUGGACCUGGUGAUCCUGGAGCAGUUCCUGAGCAUCCUGCCCCCAGAGAUGGGGAGCUGGGUCCGAGAGUGUGGGGCAGAGACCUCUUCCCAGGCGGUGGCCCUGGCGGAAGGCUUCCUCCUGAGUCGGGCAGAGGACGGGAAGCAGGAAGGACAGGCCCAGAAUAACAGCAUUGAAGUCCUCCCUGAGGUCUCUGAAUCUGAGAAACCUCCACCAGGAACCACCCAGAGCCUCCAGCAGAAGGAGCUCAAGCAGGAAGGAGAUGGGGCUGCAGCCUUGCAGGGGGCUGGAAUGAUGUUGUUGCCAAAUCCUCAGUCGUUUCUUCCGCUUUGUGAUGGAGUGGAAGUGAAUCAGGGCCCAGAUGCCUUUGAGGACGUGGCUGUCCAUUUCUCCCCGGAGGAGUGGGCUCUCCUGAAUCCUGAUCAGAAGGUUUUGCACACGCAGAUCACGGAGGAGAUUCAAGGGAUGGUGGACUCUCUUGCAGAUAACUGGAAGAAGAGCAAUGUAUCCAACAAACACAGGACGCAUUUGGGACACAAUGAAGGCCUUCCUAGACACCAGCAAACCCACAGAGAAGAUGGAGAUUCUGCCAGAGAAAAUCCCUACAAAUGUAAUGUAUGUGGGCAAUGUUUUACCCAAAAUAUGGCACUUGUGCUUCACACGAUACUCCAUGCUGGGGAAAGCCAUCUGAAAUGGAAAGAACCAGCAAAAUGUAUGGUUGAUUACGAAUUGCCAGAUCGGAGCCAAGAAGAAAUCUUUGAAGGAACUGAGGAUUUCAUAAGCCAGGAAUGUGGGAAAUCUUUUCUCCAGAGUUCACACUUCAUGAAACAUGGGAGAGUUCACAUCGGAGAAAAAACAUAUAGAUGCCAAGAGUGUGGGAAAUCUUUUACUCGGAGUUCAUCCCUUACGAGCCACCAGAUAAUUCAUACAGGAGACAAACAAUACAGGUGUAAAGAAUGUGGGAAAAGUUUUGCUUACAGUUCAGGCUUGUUGAGACACAAAAGACUCCACACAGGUGAGAAGCCAUACCAAUGCCAGGAGUGUGGGAAAUGUUUUACUUACAGUUCACACUUGGUGAGGCAUAAAAGACUCCACACAGGAGAGAAGCCAUACCAGUGUCAGGGGUGUGGGAAAUAUUUUGCUCGCAGUUCACAAUUGGUGAGCCACAAAAGACUCCACACAGGAGAGAAGCCAUACAAAUGCAAGGAGUGUUGGAAAUGUUUUGCUUACAGUUCCCAAUUGGUGGGCCACAAAAGACUCCACACAGGAGAGAAGCCAUACCAAUGCCAGGAUUGUGGGAAAUGUUUUGCUCAGAGUUUAGACUUGGGGAGCCACAAAAGACUUCACACAGGAGAGAAGCCAUACCAAUGCCAGGGUUGUGGGAAAUGUUUUCCCUCCAGUUCCCAAUUACUGAGCCAUGAAAGACUCCACACAGGAGAGAAGCCAUACCAUUGCCAGGAGUGUGGGAAAUGUUUUGCUUACAGUUCCCAAUUGGUGAGCCACAAAAGACUUCACACAGGAGAGAAGCCAUACCAAUGCCAGGAUUGUGGGAAUUGUUUUGCUUCCAGUUCAGACUUGGUGAAGCACAAAAGACUCCACACUGGAGAGAAACCAUACCAAUGCCAGGAGUGUGGGAAAUGUUUUACUCAGAGUUCAUCCCUUGUGAUCCACCGGAGAAUUCACACAGGAGAAAAACCAUACAGAUGCCCAGAUUGUGGAAAAUGUUUUACUCAGAGUUCAUCCCUUAUGAGCCACCAGAGAGUUCAUACAGGAGAAAAACCAUACAGACGCAAAGAAUGUGGGAAAAGUUUUGCUUCCAGUUCAGACAUGGUGAGGCACAACAGAUUCCACACAGGUGACAAGCCAUACUAAUGCAAGGAGUGUGCAAAAUGUUUUGCUUACAGUUCAUCCCUUAUGAAGCAUCAGAGAAUCCACACAGGCUAAAAAACACACCAAUGUCAGGCGUAUGGGAAAUGUUUUGUUCAGGGUUCAUUCCUUUUAAACUAUCAGAAAGAGAAAUCAUCCAAAGAACUGGGGCAAAACUAAUAAAAUGAAUUAUAACAGGAAAAUUACAGGUUGUGGACAUUCUGGUGCUGGAAACAGUCAACAUUUCCUGAUAAACACAUGUUAUUCCCUUGGAUUCAAGUAGCACUUGGCUUUUCUUUGCAUUGAUCUCAUGGACAGCUCUUCUUGGAUUUGAAUGCUGUUCAGGUGUUUUGCUUUGUGUGACGUGGGAACUGUUUUGGAGAACUCUUGCCUCUGUCUGGAAUCUACUUGCUCCUGGCACACACAUUUUUGAUCCACAUUAAAUUGAAAAACAUG